GUUCGAAAGAGAGAAAAAAUCUCACUCACUCUCUAGAAACUACCUUAUAUAUUUUUCCCAUGAAGUCAUUAUUGUUCUGUACUUCGACAAAAGUUGUUGUUAAAGAUAUUUUUCUUCCAUAAAAAUCAAAUAUUCUAUUGAAUUAAUUGCAGUAGUUUUUAACGACAAUUCAGAAAACACUUCAUUCUAAUCAGAACUUUUGUCGAAGUAACACUUAAUUUUGAGCAGAGAGAGCAAAUUUUAUUUUUUUACUGUGACAAACUUACAAAAUAUUUUAAUUAAAUAAUCAUGUCCGAGACAGUUAAUGACAAGAAGGAAGUGCGUGUAUGGAUCGAUGGAUGCUAUGACAUGGUUCAUUUUGGACAUGCAAAUGCAUUACGGCAAGCCAAAGCUUUGGGAGAUAAAUUAAUUGUUGGAAUUCACAAUGAUGCAGAGAUCACAAAGCACAAGGGACCUCCUGUCUUUACACAAGAAGAACGAUACAAAAUGGUCAAGGGUAUCAAAUGGGUCGAUGAAGUUGUUGAAGAUGCGCCAUAUGUGACGACUUUAGAAACUCUCGAUGAAUAUCAAUGUGAUUAUUGUGUGCAUGGCGACGACAUCACCACAACAGUUGACGGAUAUGACACGUAUCAUUUGGUGAAGACAGCAAAGAGAUAUAGGGAAAUCCAACGUACUCAGGGCGUUUCAACAACUGACUUAGUUGGACGAAUGCUUCUGAUGACUCGAAAUCACUUCCAACAAGGAGAAUCUGAAUACAGUGUGGGAAAAGAUGACAAUUGGCUUGACAAUAAAUCUGCAAUGCCAUUUGGAGCUAUCCAAGCGAAACCCUCAAAACUUGGACAAGAUCAUGCUGCACGAUCGCCAUGGACAGGCUGUUCUCAAUUCUUACCUACCACACAAAAGAUUAAUCAAUUCAGCAAUGGAAAACCAGCCGAACCGGGUGAUAAAAUUGUUUACGUCGCUGGUGCAUUUGAUUUAUUCCAUAUUGGACAUCUUGACUUUUUGGAGAAAGCUAAAGAACAAGGAGACUUCUUGAUCGUUGGAUUGCACACAGAUCACGUUGUUAAUCAAUAUAAAGGAGGCAAUUAUCCAAUUAUGAAUCUUCAUGAACGUGUUUUGAGCGUUCUUGCAUGCAAGUAUGUAAACGAAGUCGUUAUCGGAGCUCCCUAUGAAGUCACCAAAGAUUUAAUAGAACAUUUCAGUGUCGAUGUCGUUUGUCAUGGACGAACAAUAAUCUCAGAACAGCAUGGCGAUCCUUACGAGAUUCCAAAGAAAAUGGGUUUAUUUAAGAUUAUCGAUUCCGGCAAUGACAUGACAACUGAAAAGAUUGUCCAGAGAAUCAUCAUUAACAGGCUUGAUUUUGAAAAGCGGAAUAAUAAGAAAGAAGAGAAGGAAAUUGCAAUUUAUGAGGCCAUGCAGAGAACGACAAAAGUAGCUGAAAAGUGCGGUUGAACUUCCAUUUACUAAAUCUGUCUUUAUUUUCCGUUUAACUUUCUGACAAAAUCUUCUAUUUUUCAUUUCCGCGUAUUUAAAAGAAUCUUAUUUUUUUGUGUAUCCAUUGAGAUUGUGCGUUAUGUCUCAUGGAGCUUAUUUUUGUUAUGUAUCUAUUUUCUAUUCUUUCACUACGUGUUGCUUAAUGUACAAUAAAUUCCUUUUUUAUUUACUAUAAAGUUGAAGAAACUUAAAAAUUCCUCCUCGAUUGAUUUAUUGGUGAAUAUACUUAAGCUUUUAGGCUUACGAUUGAGACAAGAAAAACUGAUGAUGAUGAAACUUAUGCUAAAGAACUUAUAAUGUAUUUAUUGAACUUAAUUAAUAAUGACAUAAAACAUAAAUAAAAAAGUUUAAUCAUAAUAUUACGAA